AUGGGGAAAAAGCACGGCCUUUACAAGGCGUCACCUGAAGUCACUGUCCUUAACAGAUCUGCCGUCAGGGUGACGGCCGAGAUCGUCAACGGCAACACCAGCGUGAUUCCCGACAGUGCUGUCAGCUACUGGAACCCCUAUCAACUGGUGGUGAAUGGCUACGUGGGUGAUAGUGUGGUGUUUACCAACAAAACCUUUCUGCGCUUCAAUCCCAAGAGCUUCUCCACCUUCAUCCAGACAGACAAGGACAUCUACAGCCCGGGCCAGAUGGUCAAAAUCAGGGCUGUGUCCAUCUACCCGGACGGAAGGCCUUACAAGAGCAAAGUGAAUAUCUCCAUUAAGGAUCCGAAAGGAAACACGAUCCAGCAGUGGCAGGCAUUGGAGGGUUUUCUGGGAGUUGUUUCCAGAGAAUUUCAGCUGUCCGAGAACCCGCCCCUUGGCAUCUGGUCUAUCGAGGCCUCGGUUGAUGAGGUGCUGACAGAGGAGGAGUUCACUGUGGAUUACCAUGUGCUUCCUAAGUUCGAGGUGCAGAUAAAAGCACCUUCCGUGAUCCAUUACGAGGACGACCUGAUAGGGACGGUCAAUGCUCAGUAUAUGUAUGGGAAGCCCGUCCGAGGGACACUAACCAUGACGGUGGAGUUUGAAUUUUUCGGCAUGCAUAUGAGCAUCAAUAAAACUAUGGAGAUCAGCGGCAGCGCUGAUUUCAUCUUCAGUGACAGUGACUUUUACGACUCCCACGGCUACGUCAAAAGAUCGGUGGAUUCCAUGUAUAAUGAAAACGAGAUCACUGUGUACCUCACAGCCUGUGUCACUGAGACUCUGACAGGACUGAAAUACAAUACGACCACUGAGGUGACCGUGGUAGAAAAUAGAUAUCGGCUGACCUUUCAUGAAUAUCCCAGCGUGUUGAAGCCAUCUUUAAAUUUCUCAGCACAAGUGAAGGUCUGCUCGUACACCGGCGAGCCCCUGACCCCUCAGGACCUGCAGCAGACGGUGACUCUGACUGUCACCCAGCACAAAUACAGCCCAUGGACCUGGAGGCCCGCCCUGUGGGAGGAGCUUCGCCCCCGGAUGGAUAAUUCCUCCCAGCCCGAGCCCCAACCCACUGACUCCGCCCAGACGCACCCAUACCCUCUGCCUGGGCUGGCUGACAUGCCCACGGCCCACACCAUAACCCUCCCUGUUCCUGCCGACGGGGUUGUGCCCUUUGAGUUUCAGCUUUCGGAUGAUGUGGCCACACUCACCAUUCAGGCUGAGUUCCGGGACAGCCACGAGACCCUGGAGCUGUACAGGGGCUACUCCUCCCCCAGAAAAUCCUACAUCCAGAUCCGCAGGGACAGCUCUCCUUCUCAGGUUGGAGUCCCUCUACAGCUGACUGUACAGAGCAAUUUUCCAUUGACCGAGUUCCAGUACGUGGUGAUGUCGAGGGGGCAGGUGGUGGCCGCUGGCAGGAAGAGCUCCGCCUCCUUCAGCCUGACCCCUGAGGAGUCCUGGGCACCCCUGGCCUGCUUGGUGGUGUACAUCGUCUUUCCCGACGGAGAGAUCGCCAACGACGCCAUACGCAUUCCCAUCGUCCAAGUGCUGAAGAACAGCGUCUCUCUGAGCUGGAGUCAGCCCACAGCCAAGCCAGCUGAGGAGGUGGCACUCACGGUGUCAGUGCAAGAACCCGGGUCUCUGGUGGGAAUUCUGGUGGUGGACAAAGCCACUAAGGCCACUGAGAAUGACAAUGACAUCACAGAGGAAGAGUGUUGUCUUUGGCUCAGAGGGGGUAACAUUAGUGAUUUCUGGGGGGCGUGGUUGUCUCAGGUUCUGGAGGAGCUGUCUGAAUUCAACAUGGACAAGGUCAACAUUCCCCAGGGAAAAAUGGUGAAGGGUGACCCCUACUCCAUUUUCACGUCCUGUAACCUGAUGGUUUUAACAGAUGCCAGUUUAUUCGAAAUGCAGGACCUUACAGAACCCGAAUUUCCAGGGGAGGGAAUCCACCUGCUGCAGCAGUUUGAGGAGAUGAGCCCCCCACCAAGAGUGCGGAGGGAGUUUCCACAGACCUGGCUGUGGCUCGACACUAAUGUCAGUGAUUCUACCAUCACAAGCCUCCCUCUGACGGUGCCAGACAGCAUUACCUCCUGGAUCGCUACAGCCUUUGUCGUGUCGGACAGUUUGGGCCUGGGACUUGUUAGUGCCCCUGCAAAGCUCACUGUCUUGCAGGACUUCUUCCUGUCUCUGAAUCUGCCUGCUUACAUCAUCCGUGGGGAACAGCUGGUGCUGGAGGUCAACCUCUUCAAUUACCUGCAGGAGGACCUGGAGGUAAUGGUGAUUGUUGCACAGAGCGAAUCUUUUGAGUUUGUGUCACCGGACAACGAGGGCAUUUCGAUGGCCAGCGUGCAGCGUGUGGUAGUCAGGAGCCAGGACAGCAGCUCUGUCCUCUUCCCCAUAAGACCCACAAUCCUCGGCGAGAUGCCCAUCUCUGUGAAGGCCCUCUCCACCAUCUCUUCGGAUGCUGUCGUUCAGAAGGUUCUGGUCAAGCCCGAGGGAAUCGAGCAAUCUUUCACCAAAUCCCUGUUUCUGGAGCUGCCCCCAGCGGAGCACCACCUCUCCAGAGAGAUUCUCUUCACCUUCCCCCCAGAUGUAGUGCCAGGCAGUGAGAGGGUGGAGGUGGCUGUGGUGGGGGACAUCCUGGGCCCGUCGAUCACAGGCCUGGACUCCCUUAUUCAGAUGCCCUAUGGCUGCGGAGAGCAGAACAUGAUCCAUUUCGCCCCCAACAUUUAUGUCCUGCAGUAUCUGACCAGGAUGGAGCAGGUGAAGCCAGAGAUACGCAGCAAGGCCAUAUCCUUCAUGAUGGAAGGCUACCAGCGAGAGCUCUCCUACCAGAGGGAUGACGGGUCCUUCAGCGCUUUCGGGGACAGCGACCCCUCGGGAAGCACCUGGCUGUCUGCCUUUGUGCUCCGGUGCUUCCUGCAAGCCCGUCCCUUCAUCGCCAUCGACCCAGGCGUGCUGAUCCGGACGGCGUCCUGGCUGGUGGGCCAGCAGGGUCCGGACGGGGCCUUCACAGAACCGGGCCGGGUCAUCCACACCGAGCUGCAGGGAGGGCUGGACGGGCCUGUGGCCCUCACCGCCUACGCCCUCAUGGCCCUGCUCGAGGACCAGACCUACAUGAACAUGUACUCGAGCAAAGUGUCCAGCGCGCUGCUCUUUCUGGAGGGGAAGCUGCAGUCAGGGAUCUCCAGCAACUACAGCCUGUGUCUGGUGACGUACGCGCUGUCGCUGGCCAACCGGAGCAGUGCAGACACAGCCCUGAGGGAGCUGAUGAGAAGAGCUGACGUUCAUGAUGGCGUGGCAUCCUGGCGCUCGUCGAAUGCGAGGCUGACGGACUCCUGGCAGCCGCGGUCGGCUGACAUCGAGAUGGCCGCCUACGUGCUGCUGUCCAUGUUCAAGCAGGCCAAGGUGGAGGACGGCCUGCCGCUGAUGAAGUGGCUCAGCCAGCAGAGGAACCACCUGGGCGGUUACGGCAGCACCCAGGACACCAUCAUCGCCCUGCAGGCCUUGUCCUGGUAUGCAGCCUUCAGUGGGUCGGGCGCUAUCGACCUCAGCGUGGAUGUGGUCAUCCCGCCCUCCAGCACUGUGGCCAGCUUCCAGAUCGACUCCACCAACUACCUGCUCCGCCAGAGCCAAGAGUUUGAGGCACAGAGAAAUAUCCACAUAGAGGUGUCUGCUGAGGGACGAGGAUUUGCCCUAUUUCAGCUGAAUGUGUUCUACAACUUGGAGAGCGGAGAGCCUUCGAGGAGACGCAGAGAUACCGCGGGACAGGAUGCAUUCGAUCUGACCGUGGAGGUCAUGGACGAUGAGGGGGACACGGACCAUAUCACUAUCGUCAUAUGCACCCGGUAUGCCUCCAUUCUGGGCAUUCCUCAGACAGGCAUGGCACUGAUGGAGGUGGGCUUGCUGAGCGGGUUUUCACUGGCUGAGGGGGGCAUCCCGACCGGCGACCUCAUUAGGAGAGUCGAAACACCCCCAGGAAAAGUCAUCCUUUACCUCGACUCGGUAACCACUUCGCAGGUGUGCAUCAGAAUCCCGACAGUGAGGGACUUCAAAGUUGCUCACGUUCAGGACGCUGUGGUCCUCAUCUAUGACUACUACGAGCCCCGGAGGAGAGCAGUGAGGACGUACAACUCAGAGGUCAUGCGCGGCAUGUCCACCUGCUCCUUCUGUGGAGACGACUGCAGUCAGUGUGGGGGGUCGUACGUUUGGACGUCCAACAGCCCCUCAGUCACCCAGUCUCUGCACCAUGCGGUCUCCGUCCUGGUGGUGGCACUUCUCCUCACCUUUAUCUUUUAA